AUGACUUCUAAAGAUCCAUUUUUUCAUAAAGAAAUUAUUCAUUCAGAUUUGAGUGCGACGGCAUCGACGGCAUCAAACACAUCAUCUACAACUUCAACAAAUAUAACAUCUACCCUAACAGUGACAACAAUAACAACAGCAUCAACCACCACAUCAACUACUACAACAACAACAUCAACAAUAAGCACGACAACAACUACAACCGAUACAACCACAAACACAAUAACUGAUACAACAACAACUACGACAACGACUACAAGCACAACAAUCGAUACAACAACAACCACAGUAACCGACACAACUAUAAGCACAACAACAACCGAUACAACUACAAGCACGAUAACAACCACAAUCACAACAACCGAUACAACAACAACUACAAGCACAACAACCGAUACAACCACAAUCACAACAACCGAUACAACAACAACUACAACAACUGAUACAACAACAACCACAGUAACCGACACAACCAUAAGCACAACAACAACCGAUACAACUACAAGCACGGUAACAACCACAAUCACAACAACCGAUACAACUACAACAACUGAUACAACAACUACAAUAACAACUACAACAACGACAUCAACUACAACUACUGCAGGAGGCAUUAAUGGAAUUUACUGGAAUACAACCGGUACAUUGCGUGCAGGUACUGGUUCAUCAGGCACUGCUUUGAAUAAGUUAUCUUCGCCAACUGGAAUAUUCCUUGAUUCAAGUGAUUAUUUAUAUGUUGCUGAUAGUGGUAGUUAUCGUGUAUUGAAGUAUGCACCAAGUGUUACCACAGGCACUCUGAUAGCCGGUUUAACAAAUGUAUCCGGCACUACCUUGGAUUUAUUUUCUACAGGUAUUCGUUAUAUUUUUGUUGACUUGAGUCAAAACCUCUACGUCGCUGAUACUUAUAAUAAUCGUGUGGUGCUUUGGCCAAAUGGCGCUUCCACCGGUACAGUCGUCGCUGGCAAUUCCACUUUUGGAACUUCGUUCAAUCAAAUAUAUAAUCCAUAUGGUAUAUGGGUAGAUUCUAGUUCGAAUAUAUACGUGGCGGAGUAUCAAAAUCAACGUGUAACUAAAUGGGCUUCAGGUGCAACAACUGGUAUACUCCUCGCCGGUGUAACAGGUUCAGCAGGUAGUACAACGAACAAAUUAGCAUCACCGGCUGGUCUGGUAUAUGAUGAAGCAAAUCAAGAUUUAUAUAUUGCUAAUUCUGCUACCGCCACUUCAACAGUAAUGAAAUGGCACGUUGGUGAUUCGAGUGGCUUAGUCAUAGCAGGAACUCCGGGAAGUCCAGGAAACAGCUCAACUCAAUUAAGUUCUCCAAUGGGAAUAUCGCUAGAUCAAUGGAAAAAUUUAUAUGUGGCUGAUCGUACAAAUAAUCGAGUCCAAUUUUUUUGCAGUGGCAGUUCAACAGGUAUUACCAUCGCAGGAACUGGUAGUGGUGGUACCAAUAUAACUGCUCCAUAUGAUGUUAAACUGGAUUCACAACUUAAUCUGUAUGUCAGUGAAAACAGUGGAGCCCGUGUGCGAAGAUUCGCUAAACUUUAA